AAACAAACAAACAUAGCAUGAUCAAUGACGGAUCACAGACCGGAGACAUUGUGUUUAUCUUCCCGGGCCAAUCUUUGUCUCCUCGUCUUCUUCCUACUCUUAAUCAUCAACGGCGUCGUUGGAACAAAGAAGCGAGUUCACAUUCCCAACGACCUCCACGACGUGGAGGACAACGAGGAGGAUGAGGCAUGGAUAGAAUGGGGACAGAAAAAGAAAAUGACCGAAGAAGAAUUUGAUCCGCCACCUGAGAAUUUUUCGGAUUUGGAUAUCACCCAAAUGCAGGAGGAGAUCAUGAAACGGCAGGUCGGACUCUCGUAUGGCUUCGUUAAGCUACGAUUAACAGAUCAUCGUACCCCGGAUAUGGUAUCAGAUAUUGCGGAGAAAUGGACCAACCUUGCAAGAACCGGAGCAAUCGAAGUCACUUUCAUGGGUUUCGAUAUUGCUACUGUAAUGUUCUCAUUACAAAAUGCACAAAACACUUAUGAGGUGAAGGAGUUUGUUCUGAGCCAGCCAGAAUCAUAUGAAAUUAAAAUGGGGGAUCGGUUUUUCAGAAGACUGGGAGAUCCUCCAUACGAUGAUCUUCUAAAGGAACUCCAUAAAAGCAAGAAGAAACGCUCUACUUCCUCGAACGAUACCAUUCUGAAAACCGAGUUAUAAUCUUCGGUAAAUUUUGCAGUUUAAGGUGUUUCAGUUUCAUCUAGUCUACGGUUAAAUAACUUUCGUGUGAAUUCUUCUUGUAUUCAUUGUUGAUGAUGAAAUGCAAGUACAUUUAGCAGCUAACGGAAGGGAAAAGGACGACUGAAUUUAGGC